CAACACUUGCCGUAAACUGCCGUAUUUUACGACGUCUCAUAAAAACAGUUACGACAGUGUCAUGGCGGCGUACGGAGCCAGUUUUGAGAGUUCAAACAGCAUUGAAGAAAGAAAGGAACGAAAACGGGAGGCACGCCAAGAGGCAUUGGAAAAGGCCAAAAAGCAGUAUGAAAAGGAAGAGAGGAGGAAGGAGCUGAAGAGGCAAAGAGGGGAGGACACUUGGAUGCUGCCUGAGAUCAACCAGAGGCUUCAGCAGUUGGAGGAUGAAGGUUCUGUGAAGAAAAAGAAGAAAAAGGAAAAGAAAUCUAAAAAGAAAAAGGAGAAGAAGGCCAAGAAGGAGAAGAAGACAGCAGAAAUAGGAAAUGGUUCUAGUGACAGUUCAGAGGACUCCGAGGCGGAGUGGGUUGAGGCUCAGCCUGAGGCACAAGCUACUAAACCCUGGCAGGUUCCCAAUGAUCCCAAACCUUCAGAGAGUGAUGACGGCACAGCCCAAAAGAGAGAUGAAUGGAUGACCUUUGACUUCCUGGCAAUGAAAACUACGUCCACAGGGGAGAGGAGAGCUGAGAAAGAGCGAAAGAAAGAGGAGGAGAGGGCAAAAGCUGAGGCCAUUGAACAGGCUGGUUUGCAUAAAUUGGAGCUAAAUCCGUACUGGAAGGAUGGAGGAACUGGUCUUCCCCCUGAGGAGGGUGGUGAUACUGCAGCAAAGAAAGGUGCUGUGGUGAAUGAUGGAGGUCUGAGCUGGCUAAGAAAGAGCUACCAGCGGAUGAAGGAGCAGGCAGAGAGGGAGCAGCGUAGCCUCAGUGAUGUAGUGGCUGAGCGCUAUGGGUCAAUGGAAGAGUUCCAGCAGAGACUUUCGGGGGCUGAAAAGGGUGCCCAGAGACAAAGAAGAGAAGGAGAAAGGAGAGAAGAGGAGGAGACCAGAAACAGAUGGAGGAGAAAAAACGAAGGCGAGGAAGACAGAGAUGGGUGGAGAAAAAACGAAAGACAUUCAUCACCUGCUGAAAGGGAGCGUUACCAUUCUGAAAGAGGUUAUCGAGGAAGAGAUGAGGAGGAGAGAAGCAGAGAUGGAGACAGGUGUAGAGAGAGGGAUAGAGACAGAGAUAGAGGAAAAAGAGAAAGGGAUGGGGGAAGACACAGUGACAGAAAUGAUGAAAGGGAUAGAGGUAGGGACAGAUACCGAGAGAAGGACAGGGGUGAAGACGGAGAGAGAAAUACAAAAAGUGAUCCACUCAGUGCUGUAUCAUCAUCAUAUGGGCAAAACUGGAGUGAUUCUGUCUCUGUUGGGUCAUUGAAGAGCCGGUUCCUCAAACCCUCAGAAGAUGAUGACAACGGUGUAGGGGAUCCACAACGUUCUGCACGGCCAUCUACAGGUUUCCAGAAACCCAGUUCCAAUGAUGAUGGUUUCACCGUUGGUCCCAGUAAAUCCAGUGUCCCAGCCUGGAAGAAACGCAGCAAACCCACCUGUCAGCCUGACAGUGUGGAGACACCCCUGCAAGAGAAAGGAAGUAAUGCUGGGGAAGCUGCGAGUGCUUCUCAAGAUAGUCUACAUCGUGCUGAAGCUAACACGACAUUGUCAAGAAGUGAGAGUGGUAGCGAAAGUGAGGAAGAGGAGGCUCCACUGCUGUCAGAAGAGGAGAUGAACAAACUGGGAGCCAAGCUGGUGAAAGCAGAGAUCAUGGGCUGUACGGCCAUGAUUGAGAAGCUAAAAUCUCAGUUGGAUGCAGCACACAAAGCCAAAGAGAGUCACGCGGCUCGAAGGAAGCUGCAAGAAACGGCUACGCCCAACCAGCUGCAGGGUCGCUCCACAGAGGACCAGGAUGUCCUGCUGUUUAGAACAGACCAUUCAGGCCGGGCCUGGCCAGUCAGGGCUCCGUCUGGAGCUCAAGAGCCGCAUGGAGGAAGACGGAAGAAAAAACUGGUUGAGACCCAUGUGGAUGGGCAGCGCGUGCGAUACUUCCAGGACGAUGACAAUGUUGGUCUGCAGGAAAUGGUUAGGAGGGAGAAGAUGAGCUCUGCACAGGACCAGAAUGCUCUGUAUUCUCGAAUGGCUGCCAAGAUGAUGGGGAAGACGGAUGGCGACAACUACACGCUGGAUGACAUGUUUGUGUCGAGUGCAGCGCAGCGGGAGGGUGAGGGGAGGGAGGAGGAGAGGAUGAGAAACAGAGCCAUCCAGGAGAGCAGGAGGCUGGCUGCCUCCAUGGACAAAUGCCAGCACUGCUUCAGCAGCCAAGAUCUCCAGAAGCAUCUCAUCGUGGCGAUAGGCAGCAAGGUGUACCUGAGCCUCCCCGCAGGGAUUUCAAUGACAGAGGGCCACUGUCUCAUCUGUCCUCUCCAGCAUCACUGCUCUGCCACUGGACUGGACGAAGAUGUUUGGUCAGAAAUGCAGCUGUUCCGGCGAACCUUGGUGCGCAUGUUUGAGUCCCAGGAGCUGGACUGUGUGUUCAUGGAAACACACAUGAACCCACGCAGAAGACUGCACAUGGUUCUGGAGUGCAUCCCACUGCCGCGAGAGCUCGGCGAUAUGGCGCCCAUAUACUUUAAGAAAGCGAUCAUGGAGUGCGAUGAGGAAUGGGCCAUGAACAAGAAGAUUGUCGACCUUUCUUCUAAAGACAUCCGCCAAGCUGUUCCUCGAGGUCUGCCCUACUUUGCUGUAGACUUUGGUCUACAGGGAGGGUUUGCUCAUGUCAUUGAAAAUGAACAGAAGUUUCCCCAUUACUUUGGCAAGGAAGUAGUAGGAGGCAUGAUGGACCUGGAGCCGCGGCGCUGGAGAAAGUUGAUAAGAGAGAACUUUGAUGAUCAGAGGAAGAAAGUUUUGCAGUUCGCACAGUGGUGGAAACCGUUUGACUGUACUAAACCUGAGAAUUAGGUCGGCACAUUGACAGAGGGAUUUUAGUAUUUGUAGAAACACACACACACACACACACACACAUACACACACUGUGGAUGAAUGGGGUCCAGACACAGCUACAUGUGCAUGUUUGAAGGUAGAAUUCCUGUUGGCAGUCAAAAUGUGACAUUUCACAUAAAAUGCAAAAUAUGUUUGAUUAAUAUGUAUUUGUUAUUUGUUUCUUAUUUGGCAUGUAAGAAAUUGUUGUUCUCUGGGAAUUCUGUGCCAAGCAAAUGGCCUUAAACCAGGUGGGCCUGUAUUCAGUCACAGAAUUAAGCUUUUGGAAGUCUGUAACAGUGAAUUGCCUUUUUUUAAUCCAAGUCAGCAUAAUGUAAUACAGACAGAUGGUUUUAUUGUUCAAUAAAACACUUGUUAGUCCUG